AUGUCACAGCAAACUUCGGUGUCGGCAUUCCUCAUCUCUCGCAUCCAGGAGCUGGGGGUACAGCAUGUCUUCGGAAUCCCGGGAGACUAUGUGCUGCCUUUUUUUGAUGAGCUGAUCAAAGAGGGAAGCCCGGUCAAACAUAUCGGCACCUGCAACGAGCUCAAUGCUGCUUACCUCGCAGACGGGUACAGCCGUGUGAAAGGGUUUGGGGUUGCCGCCGUGACCUAUGGACCCGGUGCCUUCAACGCUGUCAAUGCCGUGGCAGGGGCAUACGAUGCUCAUGUCCCGCUGCUUCUGAUUUCGGGGGCACCUCAAACAGCGAGAUAUCGCCAAGGCAACAAGCUGCUUCUGCAUCAUGCUGUCGGCAGUGACUUGGAUGCUACCAUCCGCGUAUUCACACCCAUCACUGCUGCUGCAGCUCGCAUUGACGCAGUAGAGGAGGCCAUUCCAACAGUUGACUGGCUGCUGCGGGUUGCCCUCGACCAGAAGAGGCCAGUCUACCUUGAGAUCCCCUUCGACAUGCAGAAGGCACAAAUCCAAGUACCAGAUCGCUUGAACUACCAGCCGCCGUGCAGUGACGAGCAAGCUCUUCACAGAGUCGUGGAGCAAGUUGCACGUGUCGUGAAUAGUGCGGGGAAGGUGGGUGUGUUGGUUGGCGUGUUCAUCGACAGGGAGGGCCUGCAACAGGUUGUGGAGGACAUGUUGAGCGCCACCAAGCUCCCAUUCGCCACUACGUUUGACCAAAAGGCCGGCUACCUAGAGUACCUCCCAAACUGCCUUGGCUUCUAUCAGGGAGGCAUUUGUGCGCAGGCGGUGCGCGAUGCCACCGAAGGUGCCGACAUCCUCUUGACUCUCGGGAUGCCGCGGACAGAGUUCAAUCUGGGCUUUCUUACGCACGACUUCAAGGAGGACCGCAUGAUCGAGCUCGGCUAUGAUGCCGUCAACUUGCAGGGGGAAGUGGUGCAUGGCGUUUACCUUCGGCAGCUGUUGCCGCUCCUGGCACAAAAGAUCACCCCACGUGCUGAAGAGCUGGUGGAGGACACGUUUCCUUUCACUUACACGAAGCACAGGGCAGGUCCAGAGGACCGGCCGCUCACUGUGGACUUCAUGUACCCUGAGCUCGCUCACUUUGUGCAGGAAGGCGACAUUGUUACAGGCAACACUGGCGGCUACAUCAACUUGUCCAGAAUGCGCAUGAAGAAGGGCAACACCACGGCCGGUCCCACCAACUGGGCGUCCUUGGGGAGCGUGUUUCCAAUUUCCGUUGGCAUGGCUUUUGCUGCACCUGAGCGUCGCAUCGUCUGCCUUGAGGGCGAUGGAUCCUUUCAAAUGACUGGUAUGGAGCUCGGCACAGUUCUGCGACACAAUCUCAACUUCCUCCUCAUAAUCCUGAACAAUGCAGGGUAUACGGCCGAGCGUGCCAUCCAUCCGGAGCGGGACGACUCCUACAACGACAUUCAAGUGUGGAACUAUCACUUGCUGCCUGAGGCACUGGGUGGCAGGCCAGGUUCAAACGGCAUCGACGUGCUCACGGAGUCUCAGUUCACUGAGGCCCUAGCAGCUUACGAGUUCGGUAAGGGCUUGCACGUGGUGAAUGCAAGGCUGGACAAGAUGGACAUCCCCAGCUUCUUCCGUGAGAUGAGUGACCCGCUGCGCCAUUGA